UUCCCCCGGUUAAUUUUGAGCCCACGCUCACAGUUUUCACCUGCAUGGCAUGCGUAAGGGGAGAAGAGUUCCCGCGAAAAUAGAGAACAUGGUGACUACACAGGCCUGGUGACUGCAGGAGCCCUUUUCCGAAAAACGUGGAGUCAGACUUGUUGGACACGCGAGGCUAAAACGAAAAACAGUUGUAUUUGAUGUGACAGACCUGUAUGUGUUCGUUUGGAAUGUUCUGUGGCUGAACUGGAUGAAGACGCGGAGGGAUGGGAGCCGGGAAAGCGAGUUGGGUACUGUCUUCCUUGUGCAAGAAUUUAUACACGAACAUCCACUCCUCGGAGCCCAGAAGCAUCUAUCUUGGUAAAUUUGGUACAAAUUCCUACGCCUUCGUCUCGCCAGAGCAAUUUUUAGCAUUACUGCCUCUCUGAACGCCGCCAUGCUGUUUUUGGAAGUUCUCCGCCGAUAAAAGUCAAUGCAGGCACAAAACGACAUCGAAAUUAUAUUCGACGUCUAAAAUGAAUCGACUUUUAAUUUCGUCUCCCAGACGAAAAAAACUUCAUCAAUUAAAUUCGUGUCAUUAAAUGCGACGUAUAAACCAGGCCUAAGGCCUAGUUUAUACGUCGCGCUACAGUCGAAUUUAAUUCAGACGAAUUUUAAAAAAAUUGUCUGAAUUAAAUUCGACAGUAGCGCGACGUAUAAACUACGCCUAAGAUAAAGCAUUUUGUGUUUGGAUUGUACUUUAACAUGAAUUAAACCACAAAAUUCCGUCAAUAUUUGUGGCAUGCGUCGAUUGAAGGUGGGUUUUUUUUCGUUCUUGCGAAAUAUCCUCUUUACGUUACUUUUUUCCUGUUCCUGUUUUGAUAUUACACCUAAGAAACUCCACCAUCUUGUUCUCGAUCGGAAUUGGCACUUUUCCGUUGACCCUGUCGACCUUGAAUGGUCUCAAGUACCUUUCACGAUGUUUUCAUUGGCUUGCUAAUUGCGCGGAACUCCCAGAGGAGUUUGUCAACCAGACUUCAUCAUUAGUUCGAUUUACAUUUCGCAUUAAAUAGUUUGUUCGUCAUUGCCAUCUUAGGAAAAGUUGUGAAAUUUCUCGAAUACCGGCAAUUGCUUAUUUUAAAUUUACAGUGGUGAAAAAAUAUCGACAGUUAAGUAUUUCAUUUUCUCUUCAAACACCCUCUAUUUCGAAAAAGGAAUUUUCGAAUGAAUGAACCCUUCAAUCUCUAAAAGGCUGUUGAAAGGUGAGUUAAGCACAUUUCACCUACGUCGAAGGUGUCAAACCAGUUAAAUAUUGACUGGGAACAUUGAUGGAAUAAACCUGUUCACGCGCCAAACAUGUUGCUACGAGACAAAAACUGACAUACGACGAUUGAGGAAAAUUUAUAAGCCCCAACAACUGGAAGUCACCUGCUGGUUUUUUAAAUUUUAAUAUUUGCAACGUUGGGACAGAGAUCUGAUGAAUUUUCACCAAUAAUUAACUUGGGUUUUAUUGGAAACAUGUAUCAGCUUUGAUGUAGCAUAUGCCCCAUUGGAGCGAUUCAACUCUCAUAUGUCAUAAUAUUUAUCAUCUGUGCAGAAGAUCAAAGGACUCGCUUCGAUAUCAUCGAUUGGUACCACAAUAUUUCUUCUCAUUAAAUGGUGAAGCAGCAAUAACUUCUAUAUCAGCCCAUGUACGGAAAUAUGCUUUGAAAUCACCUCUUUCUUCCCAUGAUAUUGGCAGGAACAGACGUAAAUAUGAACUCAACCGAAAUACAUAUUCAAUAUCGUCCUAUCGAAGCGGCAUUUCAAGCUACAUCGCUGAUUUUAAUCAUGGUGGUGGCUAUUGUCGCGAAUACGAUGAAUAUCAUAGUAGUAUACCGAAAUUCGAACAUGCAGACGCCUAGAUAUAUGUUUAUUAUGAACCUCGCUUGCGCCGAUUUGGGGGUAACUUUGUUGGCAAUGCCUUUUUCGCUCGUCACAUGUAUUUCUCGUGAAUGGAUUAUGGGGGAAUCGCUCUGCAAACUUCACGGAUUUCUAGGAUCUUUAUUCUUUUGUGUUUCAAUCUUCACGCUAACAAUUAUGAGCAUCGAACAAUAUUAUGCGUUGGUAAAGCCACUCGCACGUGCAAUCACUAUUCGCCGCGCAAGGUACAUGAUCGGAUUUGUCUGGAUUUCGUCGACAUCACUUUCAAUGGGGCCCGUCUUAGGAUUGGGACAUUUUGCCUACAACUCAAGUACUCUCUCUUGUGGAUUUGCCUAUCCUAGGACGACUUUGGAGAGGCUUUACCUGCUAUUUCUCGUGCUAGUCGCGUAUGUUAUUACAUUGUUAAUUAUGACGAUUGCUUACAUAAGGAUUUUCUUCGCAGUUCGCAAGCAUACGAACAGAAUUGCUAAAUAUACAACUGGGGGGCUUGAAGUAAUGAGAGUUCAGCGCCGCAUUAUAUACACGCUUUUACUUGUACUGAUUGUUUUUAUACUCUGCUGGAUGCCAUUUGUGUUCCUGAUUGUGUUAGCAACUCGAAAUGUAGGCGUUUCCGAAUUGCCUUACGGCCUCGGUGUAGCGGCGUAUUGGUGCGGAUUUUGCAAUUCUUCGAUCAACCCCAUCAUCUUUGUCAUCAGAAACGAUCGCUUCCGGGAGGGGUAUCGCGAUAUUUUCAACGAGGUUUGGUACGGUUUACGUUGCAAGCGACCUCCAAAACUAGGAAGGCCGCAAUUUAAAAAGAAGUGGUAUUUAACCAAGCGAGCGAGCACAGAAGAGCAAAAACCUCAUUUUGUGCUUCGGGCAAUUCCUUCGCUAACUGCCAUCCCGGAUGUAGAAUUAAUGUCUGACCACGCCAAUAAUGAAAAUCGAGAAUCAUACUCGAUGUGAAAAUAAUAACAAGGAAUUAAAAAAAAAAAUGUUGGUAAUAUUAUACAGCGGUCAUUUUCCUGCAUAAAUAAUGCUUUACAAGGUGUGAAUUUACGGAGUUUUCUAGAAGAAAAACCGGUGUUAAUCGCUUUUGCGCUUGACUGUAAAAUUUUACUUAUGAUGCACAAGAAAUGAUGUCAUUUUUUAUGAGUGACAGCUGGUGUUAAUGAAAUUUAUGAGCUGGUGCCUGUUACAGUUUUGUUAGGCAGUUGAAUGAUAACUUCUGUCACGUGGCUGGUGCUAUGGCAGAAACACAAAAUGUAAAUUUUGUAUUCUUGGGUGAGCGAUUAAAAGCAAUUUGGACCCUGAUCUACGAAAGAAACUAAUAUGCUAUCAUCCCAAGGGAAUUUUAAAAUUCUGCCAGUAAUUUAAUCACGUGGUUUUUCGGUUUAAGGGGGUAGGUUUCUAAAGAAACUGUGGUAAAUAUAAACUAAGAUGAAAUUGUAAAUGGGCCUUACGUCGCGCUUUCGUAUUCUAUGUAAGUAAAGACAUUAAACAUACGAGAAGUUAA